UUUUACGGCGCUUUUAGGGCACGUGAUCCACGGUAGGUUUUUGCGGUGCGAAUAUGGACCUCUUGUGAAGCUAAAGUUCAAUAUACAUUCCCUAAAAGACAGAUAAAUCGGCCAACUCCCUGGGACGUGACUGCUGGACUGCAGACCGAUGUAAAUCUAACAUUUUAGAAGAUUGUUUAUGUUUGAGGGGCUUUUCCCAUAAUUGUUACCCGAUUUCAAAAUGUCAUUGCUAUGAAACACAUAUGUGUGUUGAACUUUUAACUACGCUAAUAUCAUAAGUUGCGUUAUGGCCUUUAUAAAUAAUGCAGGCCCUCAUGAUAAAUGACGUCACGUAACACGCUUGGCGUAGAGUCGUCGUUUCUUAGCAACCGAUUUGUUGAACAUGGCGGACAAGUAUAACGCAGAGACUAUUAUAUCAGAGACCCAUAAGAAGAUAUGUAAUGCCUUUGAUGUAUUUGACCACGAAUCCAACAAGACUGUUGAUGUUAGAGAAAUAGGCACAAUUAUCCGUUCACUUGGCUGUUAUCCCUCGGAAGCUGAACUGCAUGAUAUCAUAGCUGAGCUAGAAGAGGAAGAGCCUACAGGGUUUGUGCGCUAUGAAAGGUUCCUUCCAACAAUGACUAAGAUCCUGCUGGAGCGCAAGUUUCGUCCAAUCACAGAAGACUUGCUUCUGCAGGCCUUUGAGGUUUUAGAUCAGCAGAAAAAAGGAUAUUUGGAACCAGAGGAAUUGACCAGAUAUUUAACACAAGAAGGAGAGCCCUUCACACAGGAAGAGGUUGAGGAAAUGCUGUCCGCCGCUGUUGAUCCUGAUAAAAAUGUCAUUCUCUACAAGGAUUUUGUCAGCAUGAUGACCAUUGAUGAUCAUCGCUGAUGGCUGAUGGUAUAAACAAAGAAUUACUAUGAAAGCGUUGAAAAACAAAACAUCAAGUUACAAUAAUAAAUCAUUUGAUUUGACCUGA